AGAAAAAAGUCCAAAAAGAGAGCGAAACUUUUAUUGAUUCAAUGCGCGCGCACUGCUUUGAUUUUCUGCAGGGAUAUCAUUUUUAAUUCUCGGGGAUACUAUUUGAAAAGUUAGAAAUCUUUUAGCAUACCGCAUCAGAGCAAUAGAGUGUCCUUAAAUAUUUUGUUUGCCCAAUACAAGAAUUUAUUCGCAAAACUAAAAAAAAACUAAAGUUAAACAAAAUAAUAAACAAAAAUAUUUAAUUUUAUUUAAAAACAAAAAUAAUGGAAAAGAAUAUAAUUUUAAUUCAAACUUAACUCCAUUAUAAUGUGUGUGGUUUUGCAAAUUUUAAUUUGAACAGAAAAAAAAAGGAUAACACAUCCUUUUUGAAAGGAUUCUUCCUCCUUCCGCAUAUAAUUUUUUUUUUUUACCUAUUUAAAACGUUUUCGCGAACAAAGAUUGUGAUUUCCAUAUCGAUUGUGUGCUGAGAAAAAAUUUCAAUGUAGUCCUUGAUUUAUAAUAAUAUCCUUUUAUCAGAAUCCUGUAUUCUUAAUUUUUGCAAAUGCAUAUAAAAACCAUUGUGUCUUUAAUUUAACAAAAAACUUAAAAACUCAAUAAGAAUGGAAAAUAAUAAUUUUUAUAAAUUAAAGUGAUUGAUUCAGCAAAUUGUGAUACAUAUACAUCCCCACACACACAUACACACUCACAUAUAAAUUACAUACAACACUAUUCGUUGCAUAACCUAGAAAAAAAAAUAAAAUUUACAUGAAUCAUAAAGCGUAGUAUACAUUGUUACAAAAAAAAAAAAAAACAGAAGAAAAAAUGUUUCUCCACCGGAAAGAUUCCUAAAAAAUAAACCACGGCCGUCCUAUAGUGAAUUUUUGUAAAAUUAGAAGAAAAAAAAAUUCAAACCAAAAAAACUUUUUUUUUUAAUCAAUUCAGCACAUUGUAAGCAGUUAUUCAGCAGCUUUCAAACUCACACCAUUUAACAACAACAAACUGAAGAAUUGAUUUCGAAGGACAACGAGUGUGUGCCUGGUGCGUGUGUGUGUGUGUGUGUGUAGGCUAAGCGGAUAUGGGUAAGAAAAAGGUACCCAGCGAGGAUCUAAUUGUCCCACCGCAGGACAAUCGCAUAUGUGGCACAAUAUGCAUUUGCCAAAUGACUUUGGUCCUAAGCUCUGUCGCAUUGGUCUAUUUGACUGUUGCCAUUUAUAUGCCAUCGACAAGAGCUUUCAAGAGCGGAAUUGACACCACCCCGGUCAUGUGCACAACAACACGUGCUGUCAACAAGGACAACUGUGAAUGGGGCUCGUGCGGAGAAUGGUGUUUGAGUAAAACAUCUGGCGCCUGCAUUCAGAUUUAUGUCAAUUUGCGAAACAAUGGCACCAAUUUAACAUUUCAAAAUUGCACCAAUUCAGCAAAUAAAACUUGCUAUGGCAUCGAUCAGGAGCGUGCUGACAAGGCGCGUUGCAUUAAUGAUGAAUGUAAAAAUUUGACUGGAACAUUCAAUUGUACAGCUGGACAGUGCCUCAAUAUAACUGAUGCCUUUGAAUGUGUGUUCAAGAAUAGUGACCAACCGUUGAAGUGUUCAGGACGUAGGGGCAAAAUCAAUUGCAUGGAUAUAAGUGGAUUGUUUUCGUGUAUUCGUGGGACAUGUCGGAAAAUACGGACCCCGUACAAUUGUGAUCGGAGGUGUGUUGAUAUUCCAACUAGAAACAAAAAUGUGGUGAUAUUAAGUGGAGAUAAGGUGUACCUGUCGCAGUGUCAGAAUGCGAUAAAUUCCGAAACGGAAGAGGAAGUGUGGAACGAAUCGGCGGAUAACGUAGUAAUGGCAUCGUGUUACUUUAUCAAAAACACCUCGGACAAAGUUGAAGCGGUGGAUUGUAUAAAUGGCUCGGUGCUAGAGAAUAAUAUGCUGACGGAUUUGACGAAUUUCACAUAUCUCAGCUAUUUGCAUGUGGCUGUGUCGUCGCCGAUUGCUGAGAUUGCCCCACCCGACGUUGAUUUGACUAUAUCGAACGAGUCUCGUUUGAUGAUUAAUUUGGAGGGCUGUGUGAAUACCCUACAGGAUGAAUGCCGUGAUUUCUUGAAGGAUUUCGGUCGUGAUGGUAGCGAUCAUAAUGCUCGAGCCCGUUUCCCAUGCUUUUAUGCCCCAACCAAGAAGGAAAUCGUUGUGGCACGUUUCGAUUUGGAAGUGACGUAUCAACAGUUUGUCAUUGCCUCGACUGUACCCACCGUAUUAUUUGUGGUUUCGUGCAUUAUUUUGAUUCUAUGUCAAAAAACUGUCUAUGUUGGGGAUGAUGCGAAAAUGCGGUUCAAAGGAUGUGUCGAUACGGAUACGAUUUUGGCCAAGAAUAAUAUGGGUUCGCAAAGCAAUUUGGGUGAUACUGGCGGAGGAGGAGGCGAUGAGGUUAUGGCACUAUGAGAUCCGUCACUUGGAGCGGAAUUUCAUUGAAAAAAAAGUUGUAUUGAGCAUUCCUCUACUUCAAGAAGAUAGCCCUGUUCACCAGCCUGGAGUUUUUGCAUUACAGUAAACAAAUUACUUAAUUAAUUUGUGCUUAGAAAAAAAAAUCUCUUUAUGAAAAAAAUCUUUUAAAUUUUUUUAAAUUUAGUUUUAAUUUCUCUCACACACACUUUAUUCUGUUUGUAAACUCUACACCACCUUUCUGUGUUUUCGUUUUUUUUUUCAAAAUACUUUUGUUCUUAAUUUCAAUACAAAAGUGUAAAUAAUUGCAUAUAUAUAUUUCAAAGACAAUAUUAGUAAUAAUAUUUUUUCUAGUUACAAAAACCAAACAAAAAAAAAAUUAAUUUCUUAGGUAAAAAAAUAAAUUUCAAUUAAGCCAUCAAAACACUUAAGUAAAAGAAAACAAAAAAAGUUAUAUAACACAAAAAACACUUAAAGCUAAAAACAUUUUAAAUAUUUAUUAUUAAAUUCUUCCAAAAAGUUCAUUAAAUUAAAUAUUUUGUUUUUACUCUCAAAGUGUUCAUUUUUUAAUUCAUUAGUUUAGUUUUAUUUUUAAAAGAACAAUGUAAAAGGCCAAUCGUUUUGGAGGGAUGCGUGAUAAAAAUUAACUAAAAAAAAAAAUUAAAAUAAAUAAAAAAAAAAAAAAAUUAAAAUUUAGAAAAUUGUACGAUAUACGAAAUCAUAAAAUACAUAUAUAUGCAGUUCAAACAAAAAACAUUGUAAAAAGAAAAGAUAAAGCAAAAAAAAAAUACAAAAAAAAUUUUAAAUAUUUAUCUAAUAUUUCGGAAAAAAAAAUAAAAAUAAAACAAAAUUAUAAAAUAUAAAAAAAAAUAUAUUAUAUUUAUCAAGCAUAUUUCGCAUAAAAUAUGACAAAACUAUAACAAAAAAAAAAUACAGCAGAAGAAAGUAGAAAAAAAAAUAAUUUUUCUGAUAAUUUUCAAGUCAAUUUAAUUUUUAAUUAAGUUUUAUUUUUAUUUUGUAAUUAUUAUUUAAUUUUUGUCGGAAACGAAAUUCAUAUCGAAAAUAUUAUAUCGCAAAAUUGAAAUCGCAUGUACUAAAGCAAAAAAAAAAAAAAAAAACACAACUAAAA